AUGGUCAAAAGCAUGACUUUUGGAACUAGACUUGGCAGAGAUUGUAGGGCUACAGCGGGGGAUGUCAGCUCCAAGGUGAGCGCCGAGCUGGAGGUGAAGAAGCUGCAGGAGCUGGUCAGGAAACUCGAGUGGCAGAACGAGCAGCUCAAGAGCAGAGCGAGUGCCGCCGCCUCUACCUCCUCCUCCUCCUCCUCUCCUCCUGCUCUCCUCUACCCUCCCGGCAGCCCGGUUUACUGCCCCGCAUCUCCCCCGGGCUCGGCUGCUUACCCUGGCGGUACCGGCAGCAGUAGCUACCUCCCCCCCGCUCACUGCCGACCGCCUUCCGGCACCAGCGAAGCUGCUCCCUGGGCACUGAGCACCAGCGGCUCGGCCAGGCUGCUCCUGGACGAGGUGGACACCCUGGACCUGGACAACGGCCGCUGCAGCGGAGACGAGGAUAACUGGCUAUAUGUUUCGCCAAGGAAGCAGCCCACAGUCGAACAGAAAGCUCAGAGUCCUUUAGAAUGGUGCAGACAGGUGCUUGAUCAUCCAGGCCAUGAGAUCGAAGCAGCAAAACGCUCGUUGUGUUUUAGACUUGAUCAAGCCAAUCGAUGGAAAAGCCUGUUUUCGAAUUCUUACACUUCUGGUCUUCCAUGUAGCUCGUUUACAGGAUAUAGUCCAUAUACCAAUGGGUUUAGCUCUCAAAGCCUCUACAAACCUGUUACUAAACAAUUACUAAUCUCUGAAAGACCAGGUUAUGCAAUCCGAAAUCUUCCACUCAGCCCACAGUCAUCGAUCGACAGUGAACUGAGCACUUCUGAGCUUGAUGAUGAAUCUAUCUCCAUGGGUUAUAAACUACAGGAUUUGACAGAUGUCCAGAUCAUGGCAAGACUACAAGAAGAAAGUCUACGACAAGAUUAUGCUUCCACUUCAACAACACUCUCUCAACGCAGCUCCAGUACAUCAUUAUAUUCAGCAAAGCGAGGGACAAGCAGCGAUCAAGAGUACGAUUGCUGCAGUCUGGAAGAUGAAGAGGAAUUUGACCAACUUCCCCCACAACCUCGGCUCACCAGGUGCUCUCCACCAUUGCGUAGUAUGCCACAUUCACAGACUUUUGCCAGCAUACGAGAAUGCAGAAGAGGUCCAACUCCUCCUUCCUACUUGCAGUCCAGUGGUUAUUCAUCGUAUUACUCACAGGGUCACACGUCUGAUCAGCAUCAGUACCGAACAAAUGCAGAAAAACUCAGACGCAGUAUGCCAAACCUGGCUCGUUCAUUCAGUGCUACCAGUUCACCAGACUCUUUUAAGAAUAGCAGAAGUUUUGAUUCAAACCUACAGAAUGGAAUUUCACGACUCCAGUCACCGGCAUGUCCUUCUCUCAAUAAGCUACAACACCGAGUCAACAGUGUCAGCCAUUUUCCAUUGUCGGUCAGGCAGCCACCUAAGGCUACAGCUUAUGUGAGCCCAACUGUUAAUAAUACAAAUGGGAUCCAUACGUCUGUCAGUUUGCAUUCCAUUUCGAGUACUGGUAUCCCUUUACCAAAUAGGCCCAGUAACACGGGGAUACCAGGUCGGAGUGGCCUUCCCAGACCGACAUCUGCUAUCGGAGGUAGUGGAAUACCCAGAAGCAAAUUAGCACAACCUGUCCGAAGUUUUCUUCAGCCCCCAAAGCCCCUUACAGCACUCAGUUCUCUUAAAGAUGGAAGCUGGAGGGAUGGCUGUUACUAACAUUCACUGUCACAGAGACUGUUUAAACAGUGGAGCUCUUACACAAUGAUGCCCAGCUGGCUGGGUUUAGAUAUGUUAUAAGUUGUUUGUAUCUACAGUUGGUUUCAGUGAAAAUUCUAAAGUCUAGGCAAGGCACACAGUUACACAAGUUUUGUUAAUAAGUAAUACUAAGCGAACUAACUGUUGUAAUGUUGUACUUUUAAACCUUAGCCCCGUGCAUUGUAAUAAUCUCAAACUUGCAGAUGCAAUACUUCCAGUGCAAGGUGCCUCUUGAUCAGAUUCAAUUUGUUUAAUGUUAGCUUUGCAUUAUUCACGUUUCAAACAGUUACUAAUAUUACAAAAAGUAUUUUGCCAUAAGGGAUUUUCUUCCUUUAGGAGAUGAAAUUAACUUUGCUUUUAUUGAAUUGUAUUUGAACAAAACUGUCAACUAUUGAGUGUAUGCUACAGACCAACACUUGUUGAGCCAAACUGUAAUACCUCAACUAAAAGCAAUGGUUAUGAAAGCUCCAAUACUGUUACAUAUAAUUUAAUCACUAAAUUGCCACAUGUUUGAAAUAAUAAACUGAAAUUGCCUUGUGCAUGACAGAAGUAAUUAGCAAAUGCUAUCUAAGUAUAAACAACACACAUCAUCUGUUCUCCUCAGCUGGUACUUGUUCAUUUAUGAUAGCUGGCUGGAGAGUUCAAUGUAAGGGACAUACUAGCCACUCUUCAAUACUUUACAUAAUAAUGUAAAGUAAUUAAAGCACACAAAAGACAGUCCUACAAGUCUGUGGUAAUGUUUAUAGACACAUUUACCACCUCACACCAUUCUUCAACUAAUGUAAUUUGUGUCUUUUUUUCCCCUAGUUUGUGUCACUAGCAUCCCAUUAAAUACCUCUGUACGAGACACCUGAACUAUUCCACAAUCCCAACCACUGUCUGGGUAGAGGCGUUUCUUCUCCAUUUCCUACUAGAUUUAUUAGUGAUUAUUAAAUGUUACACUCUGAGCUUAGAGGCCUAAUUUUUUUUUUGCAUUAAUAUGGACUUGUUAAGCUAAUUUUAGUGACCUUUGAUUCUAUGCAUGUAGAUCCCGCUGCUCUUCUAUCCCAUUUAGAUAUUUGUUUGCCAAUGCGCUUCCCCAAAGUUUAAUGUUGCAUGUGCGCUAUGCUGUCACUCCCAGUGCAUCAGCAGAAGGCUUUUACUUCAGUUGUAGUGUUUCUGUUGCCAAGCCAGUUGACCUAUUUGGUCUUUGUGGCUCGACAAUACAAUGACUUAAUCUCGUGCUGGGGAAUUUAUAUCAUUUCAAGUGUCUUGUGUAAUUAAUUCCUUUAAACAUUAAAAAUGAUCUGAUUCUAAUCUUUGACCGCAGAAAUCCCUUUCAAUAAAGCACUGUAAUUUUGUCAUUACUAAGAAGAUUCUACUAUGGUAAAGAGAACGUUACUGAGGACUGAACACAAUUGUGGAAGAAGGCUACUAAAUGCAAGAGAAUAAUAGCUCAAGCUAUUUCUAGCAUUUUUCUUUUCUUCCCCCUUCUUUUCCAGGUACAUUAUUUCUGAUCAGGUCCUCCAUAAUGCAACAUGUAGGAAGAGGUGUAAACAAUUAACUUCUACUUUCCAUGUUGGUCAAAAUCUUCUCAUUUCUUUCAAUAGUUCCUUUGGUGUGAUGGUUUUGUUUUGUUUUUAAGAUCGUACAUGGGAUUUGGGCAUCAUUAGCUAGACCAACACUUAUUGCUCAUGCCCAAGAUGGCCAGUUGCAUUCUUAAUUUGGGUGCAGUAAUUUUAUGUCAGAACAUUCUCAGAUAUUUCAACCAGAUGUAAAUGGAAGCAUUUAUAUUAUGCUACUAACAAUUAUUUAUUACAAAUACAAACUACACAUUUUACAGUGUGUCCAACCAUCUAAACAAUGCCUGCAAAAUUAUAUUUUUUACUGUACUGGACUAUUGACAAUGACAGUAGAUUUGCUUUUAAUAAUUAGUCUAUUCCAGUUUUGUCAAACAAGUAUACUUUCUGAGAGGCAUUUCGGGUGAAAUUACUGUUGACUAAUGGAAAAUCUGGUCUGCAAAUUUGAUGUAGAGCCAAUUGUAUUGAGCACUGCAGCAAUAUUUUGUUUCUGUUUUGCACAGGACCUGAAGGGUCAGCAUGUCCGUGAAAGUCAAUUACAAACAGCUUUUCACGUGCCAUCCAGUAAAGUUAACAGUUAUUAUGUUUUGUAGCAUUUGUGGGUAAGGAAAUUCACAAUACCAUCAUCACUGUCUGAUUUGUUUGUUUUUCUGAACAUUAAUUUAUUAUGCAUAAAUUAUUUGUCCUGUCAGUUAUGAUUUAUGACAAUGCACAUUGCACUUAAACCCAGCAAUGACCAUGUAUGCGACAGUUUGAGAUGAUUUUUUUUAGAAUAAUAAGUGAUAGUUUUGCAAUGUUUUCUUAAUAUUGGUAUUGAGAACAAGGUGCACUUUUUAAAUGGACACACAGCAACUUAAUUUUUAUAGAGGUUUUACAGGACUACUUAAACACAAAUUCAUGUAAUAAUGUUGUAUUAAGGUAUUAUAGAAAUGCCAAAUACAUAAAGCCAGUUACUCUUGCAUUUUAUUGAAUAUUGCUUAAAAAUAUAAUACAUUAUUGCCAAUUGAUGUAGGAAUGUAUUGAUGAUUUUAUGCAAUAAACUUUAUUUUCCCUCCAUUUUUGGAUGGGUUAUGCUAUACUUCCAAUGAUAGCUUAACUUGACCAAGAUCAACAAAGGAUGCUGUUACCAACAUUGUUUGACAUUUGCAGUUUGAGUCUGAAUCACUGAAAAUAAAACACUUAUCAUGUUGCAAAUGUUACUUGUCUUCACUGUUCAAUGAUUUAUUUUCUGUAAUCCUCCAGUUCUUGGAAUUGUUCCUUGGGACAUGUUGUGUAAAAAGGUUAAUUGUACCUUUUGCUCCAGGAAUAUCUACUGAGCAAAAGGAGCUGAAUCAUAGUGAUGUCAAAUCACAAUGGUACUGGAACCUGAGUCUGUAGGGUUUCAGAUGAUGUCCUCUCUUACAAUCUCUUGUAUACAGUUAUGUUUAAUAAAGCCUGCAAUUGUUCACCU